AUGACCCAGACUCUUUACAACCUGAUGUUGGAGUCCAAAAUCAACGCCAGUGAAAACGAGGUGGAGGAGCUCAAGAACGAGGUGAUGAAGCUGAAGAUAGAGAAUGCAGAUCUUCAAUCCAGAGUAACAGCGAGUGAAGAUAAGACCACAGUGUUGGAGGCCAAAAUGAACGCCAGUGAAAAUGAGGUGGAGGAGCUCAAGAGACAGAGUGCAGAUAUGAUGACCAGAAUGAACGCCAGUGAAAACGAGGUGGAGGAGCUCAAGAGACAGAUUGCAGACCAACCAAAGGUGGCGUUCUCUCUUGGUCUCACUGAUGAUGGACUACUUGGACCCUUCAAUACUGACAUCACACUUAAGUUCAGUAAAGUCUUCACCAACUUUGGUCAGGUCUACAGUCCAAUUACAGGUGUCUUCACAGCCCCAGUCAGAGGAGCCUACUACUUCUCAUUCACUGCAAUGGAUGUCCGGAAUAACAUAUGGAGUACUGUAUAUCUCUAUCACAAUGACAAGAGAGUGUUGUGGAAUUCUGAUUACAAUUAUGGAACUGGCCAUAACAGACUUUCUAAUUCACUGGUUCUUCAGCUGGAAAAGGGGGAUGUGGUCUACCUGGUUUUAGGUGCUGGCCAGAGUGUAUUCGAUAAUACUGAAGAUCAUACUACCUUUAAUGGAUUUCUGCUUUUUCCACUGUGA